AAUUGCCUGCGCCCUGUCAUCUGUCAUCCUGUCAAAUACUAAGCAUAACCGGUCAAACUUUGCGAUGCGAAGUGAAAAUCGUAACAGCGAAAGAUGGGUUUCAUCGAGGACACUUUCGUGAUUCUCAUAACACAGGUGGAAAUUUGUUUCCACUACGAAAAUCAGUUUUAUCGAUACUUCCUGAACUGUGAUUAAGGUUAUAAAGAGAGUAAUUUUCUUCUUAGGAGGAUGGGUAUUCUUUGUGAAGAAAUUAUUCAGGGAUUAUGAAGUUCAUCAUAGAUUAGUGCAACUAAUUUUUUCAACAACCUUUUCAUUGUCAUGCACCAUGUUUGAAUUAAUUAUUUUUGAAAUAGCAGGGGUGCUUGACUCAAGUUCUAGAUAUUUUCAUUGGAACGCUGGCCUUUAUAUGCUUCUAUUUAUGGUGAUAGUUCUGAUACCAUUUUAUAUAGCAUAUUUUAUCAUCAGCAAUAUCAGAUUUGUAAGACUGAAUCUAAUACGGCCACUGACAGUUAUCAUAUAUCUUUUUUAUCUCUACUUAUUUUGGAAAGUGGGCGAUCCUUUUCCCAUAUUAAGCCCCAAGAAAGGAUUGCUGUCUAUAGAACAAGGCGUCAGUCGAAUAGGAGUUAUUGGUGUCACAGUAAUGGCUCUUCUCUCGGGUUUCGGUGCUGUAAAUUAUCCGUACACCUCAAUGGCUUAUUUUAUGCGUCCGGUUUCUUAUGCGGAUGUACAGUCUAUAGAAAAACGAUUGUUACAAACUAUGGACAUGAUUAUCGCGAAAAAAAAAAGAAUUGCCUUAGCUAAAAAAGGCGAAGCCGUUGGACAAACUGAAACUCGAUCUCGAUUAUGGGGGAUGUUAAAUCCAUUGGGUGGUACAAAAGGAAACCAAGAAACUAUCAAACAAUUACAAAUCGAAGUUACUGCUUUAGAAGAGUUAUCACGACAAUUAUUUUUGGAAGCGCAUGAUAUACAAAAUGCAAGAGAACGUUUAAAAUGGGCUGCCACUUGGCAAGGAAAAUAUUUUAAUUUUCUGGGUUAUUUCUUCUCUUUAUACUGCACUUGGAAAAUAUUUAUUUCUACGAUCAAUAUAGUAUUUGAUCGGGUUGGCAAGAAAGAUCCUGUGACUAGAGGAAUUGAAAUCGCAGUUCAUUGGAUUGGUUUCAACAUCGAUGUCACAUUCUGGUCACAGCACAUUUCUUUUUAUCUCGUCGGUUGUAUUGUUGUAACAUCCAUACGUGGAUUACUGUUAACUCUGACAAAGUUUUUCUAUGCUAUAUCAAGCAGCAAAUCAUCAAAUAUUAUUGUACUUAUACUUGCUCAAAUAAUGGGAAUGUAUUUUGUAUCUUCUGUACUUCUUAUGCGAAUGAAUAUGCCAGCAGAAUAUCGCAUCAUAAUAACACAAGUAUUAGGAGAAUUACAGUUUAAUUUUUAUCAUAGGUGGUUUGAUGUUAUUUUUUUGGUAUCAGCGUUAUCAUCAAUAGUGUUUUUAUAUUUAGCUCAUAAACAUGCACCGACGGAACGCAUAUAACGAAAUAAAGGUUACUUUUUAUUUAAA